AUGGCAACGACCAACUCUGCUCGGAACUGGGACUUGCGCUCAGACACCGCCACCAAGCCGUCACCUGAGAUGUUCCAGUAUAUGGCGCAGGCCGAAGUAGGAAACGACGUUUUUGGCGAGGAUCCCACGGUCAACGAGCUGGAGAGGCGCGUCGCGGAGCUUUUAGGGAAGCCUGCUGCUGUCUUCGUCGUCUCAAGCACCAUGUCGAAUCAGCUGGCUAUUCGCACGCACCUGCGCAACCCGCCUGAGACGGUCCUGUGCCACUCGCACGCACAUAUCUACAAGUAUGAGGCUGGCGGUGCCUCUUUUCACUCUCAGGCUAUGGUGGUCCCGGUUACACCGGCCAAUGGUGCUAUCAAUCUGACUGUGGAUGAUGUAGAGCGUGGCUUUAUUGAAGAUGAUGGCGAUUUCCACUGUGCACCGACAAGGCUUAUUUUGCUCGAAAACACAUUCACUGGCACCGUCAUGCCGAUAGAUGAUAUACGGGCGAUUCGCCGGUUUGCCAACGAGAACAGUGUUCCUGUCCAUAUGGACGGCUCCCGCCUGUGGAAUGCAUCCAUUGCUAGCGGGAUAUCGCUGGCAGAGUAUGCCAAGGAGGUCGACUCUGUCAACCUGUGCCUGUCGAAGGGCAUGGGUUGCCCUGUUGGUGCCAUACUGGCAGGGUCCGAGGAGUUCAUCCGGAAGGCUCGUCACUUCCGUAAGCUAUUUGGUGGCGGCUGGCGUCAGGCGGGAAUUCUUGCUGCAGCUGGACUACCAAGGCGACUGGCUGACGGUCUUUUUGAGCUGGGGUUCAAACCGCUCCUCCCAGUCGAGACGAACAUGAUUCUCCUUGACCCCAGCGAUGCCCGGGUGGAUUCGGACGAGCUGAGCAGGGAGUUGGCUAAGCAAGGGGUGACCCUGGACACUGUUUACAAAGGCAGUAUCCGCAUUGUCACCCACAACCAGAUUGACGACGAGUGCAUUGACCUGGUGCUCUCGGUCGCGAGGGGACUGGAGAAGAAAUAA